ACAUGUAUUGCUUUAGCAGUACUUUUAGAAUGCUUGUUUUCAUUAAUUAUAUUAAUUAAUUAAUUGUUUUAGACUAUGCUUUUAUCAAGGAUACACAAAACCAGUAAAACUAAGUGUACCGUAUAUAAAUAACUUUCGUUCAUCAACACCAAACAUAAUCAACUUAAUACUGUUUUGUUUGCAUUGGCCUUUUCUGUGAUUUAUUAUUUUUACAGGUGAAUUAUGGAUGAGUUUGACUUAUUUUUUGGUGUAAGCAACUCAGAUGAUCAAGAGAGAAAUAAGUCAUCUAGUACUGAUAAUUCUAAUCGGAAGCAAUGGUCAUCUGUUGUACCAGCUGCCCCACAAGAACCUUUGUAUGGUUUUCCAAUGGAUGAACCAUUUGACAGAUCUCUGUCCCAGGUUUUGCAGAGAUCACAGGUGCAGAAUAAACCAACCAAACAACUACCAAAGAAGUUCAAGGUUCCAUUUGUGAAUGAUACAUCCUUUGAUGAUUUGUCAGUAGACUCAUUGCAGAACUUUUCACUCUCACAAGCUCUUUUACCAUCACAAAAAAGACAAAAUGGGAAUAUGCUCAGCUCCCAGAAUGAUAGGAAGAGGACAAGUAGUUUCAGUGAUAAAGGACCUUUCAUCCACUCUCAUUUGAAAACUGCUGCAAAUGGUGCAAGUCAGGUUUCCGUAUCUCAUGCAGUACAAAGUGUUAUGUUUAACAACAGUCAAGCAAAUACUCCAGGCAGAAUCAGUUACUUAUCUGAUGCCAUGACACCAUCCAACAAUACUGUCACUAAACAUAAAACAAGCAAAGAGAAAUAUGCUUCUGAAAACAAAGAAAAUUACAAUAAUUAUUCAGGAAUAUUUAGUUCACCUGAAUGCAAAAUAUCUAAAUCACAAGAUUCAGUUUUUAAUGACAGUGUGACUCAAGGAGUAACUGAUUGUCUGUUGACGCCAGCACCACUCUGUUUUACAGGACAGAAAAAUGUCCAACACAAGUUACGAUCAGUGGAUGAGAUUCCUGUCAGAUUCAGGGAAAUAUUUGAAUUCCCUUAUUUCAACAUGGUCCAGUCAAUGGUGUUUGAUGAGGUGUUUUAUACUGACAAGCCUGUGGUUGUGGCUGCUCCAACAGGAGCAGGGAAGACCAUCAUCUUUGAACUUGCAAUUAUUAGAUUGCUAACAAAACUCAAGAAUUCUAGAACUAAUUGGAAGAUUGUUUACAUGGCUCCCAUGAAAGCUCUCUGUGCUGAGAAGUAUCUGGACUGGAAAAGUAAAUUUUCACCUCACAGUUUAAAUUUGAUGGAAUUGACUGGAGACACGGAACUUGAAGACUUUUCUGAGUUGCACCAAGUGAAUCUUAUAUUAACCACUCCUGAAAAAUGGGAUAGCAUGUCACGGAAGUGGAAAGACAACAGAUCCUUGUUUCAGAUGAUUGAACUGUUUCUUAUUGAUGAGAUUCAUAUUGUGAAUGACAGUAAUCGAGGAGCAACUGUAGAAGCUGUUCUUAGUCGCAUGAAGACUCUUCAGCUGCCAGAGAAAUCCGCAGACCGAUCUAACAUGAGGUUCAUAGCCGUGUCUGCUACCAUGCCAAAUAUUGAAGAUAUUGCAAAAUGGCUUGGCAGCGGUGUCAGACCAGCAGUACACUACAAGCUAGAUGAGAAGUAUCGUCCUGUUCAUCUUCAAAAAAUUGUCAUUGGAUACCCCUUCAAAGAAGGCUUUUCAGAGUUUCGCUUUGAUAUGAAUCUGGCAUAUAAACUCAAAGGAAUCAUAGAUGCAUAUUCAGAGCAUAAACCAACACUUAUAUUUUGUUCUUCACGAAAAAGUGUUCAGUAUACAGGCGAAACUCUGAAAAAGGAGCAUUAUGGAAGAUCUCUUCUGAAAGCACAGCACCGAGAUCACGUACAAAGGAUAUCAAGAACAUUAAAUGAUUCAAAGGUUUCAGAGCUGGUGUACCUAGGUAUUGGAAUUCACCAUGCAGGAAUGGCAGUUCAGGACCGAAAUCUUGUGGAAAAUUUAUUUCGUGAAGGACAUUUGCCAGUUCUCAUUUCUACAAGCACCCUGGCGAUGGGUGUCAAUCUUCCCGCCCACCUUGUUGUGGUCAAGUCAACAAUGUUCUACAACAUGGGAGUCCCAACGGAGUACUCAGACACUCAAGUUCUCCAGAUGAUUGGACGGGCAGGUCGGCCACAGUUUGAUAAAUCAGCCACAGCUGUUAUUAUGACUAAAGCUUCAACAAAGUCAAAAUAUGAAUCACUGAUGAAUGGCACACAACUUAUUGAAAGCAGUCUUCAUAAGAAUCUUAUUGAGCAUUUAAAUGCAGAAGUUGUGUUGCACACAAUAACAGAUAUUGCACUGGCAGUGGAAUGGAUCAGACACACCUUCCUGUACGUUCGUGUCAUGAAAAAUCCAAGACAUUAUGGUUAUCCAACUGGAUUGGACUGGAAGCAGAUUGAAAAAAGACUAGAAGAUUUGUGCUUGACAAAUCUUAAUUUAUUGGCUGGUCUGAACUUAGUCAACUUGAAUGAAGAGACGUUGAAAAUAGUUCCAACAGACACUGGCAAGCUGAUGGCAAGAUAUUGCAUUGCUUUUGAAACUAUGAAAAACUUUCACAGUGUCAAAAGUGAUGCAUCUUUGAAAGAUCUGAUUGAUGUGAUAGCUGGCUGUCGUGAGUUUGAGGACAUUACUCUGAGAAACAAUGAGAAGAGUGUGUUAAACACACUUAACAAGGACAAGCAUAAGGAAAAUAUCAGGUUUCCAAUAACAGGGAAGAUCAAGACAAAACAAAUGAAAGUCAACUGUCUGUUACAAGCACAACUUGGUUGCCUUUCUAUUCAAGAUUUCUCACUGUCUCAAGAUGUCAACAAAAUUUUCAGGAUUGGACAACGUGUAACAAAGUGCUUGAUGGAAUUUUUGUGGCAAAAGAAAGAUUACACUUCACUUCUGACAGCCAUUCAGCUCUUCAAAUGCAUGAAAACAAAACUGUGGGAGGAUUCAAAAUAUGUCACAAAGCAGCUAGAUGGAAUAGGACCAACAAUGUCUCUAGCUCUUGUAAAUGCUGGAUUGACAUCAUUUCACACUUUAGAAGAUACCAAUCCUAGAGAAAUUGAACUGAUUGUAAACAGACAUCCACCAUUUGGGAAUCAGAUUAGAAAUGCUGUUGCAGCUCUACCAAAGUAUGAAAUGGCAAUAGAACAGCUGAAAAAUUACAAGCCACAAUCAUCAGAAAUUGUGAUCAGCAUUAACCUGGUGAACAAGGAGGCGAUCGUGGACUACAAAGGUGGAAAGAUUGACCAUCAGUCAGUUCUCCUCAUCGGGGAUCAGGACAAUUCAGUGGUGUUCAAGUGGAGAAUCAUAGACGCAUCUAUUGUGCGUGAUGAUGGCUGGAGUCGGAGGAUUGAGGUGAAGAGAGCCUCAGGUGGACCGGAUCUUCAUGUACAUCUGCUGAGUCAAGAAUAUGUUGGUUUGGAUAUUCAUACAAACUAUACUCCUAUCUACACAGGCAAGUUUUGCAGAGAGUCGAACUUUGAAGCUGCUGGAGGUAGAUACAGUAUUUCGAAAGAAAUGCAGAAAACACCUUCAGGGACACAAAAAGACCGAUCUUGUCAUCACAAGUGUCUAAACAAGUCAGUCUGUGCUCAUAAAUGCUGCAAGCAGGGUUUGUCUAGCUUACCGAAGACUCCUGUGGGCUCACGUAUGGGUGAAAACAAGCAGUCAAGACCCUGUGAUACUACUGUGAGAGAGAAAAAAGGUGUUGAAGCACAAAUUGGCAUGUUAAAGAACAAGAUGUUACAACUUAAAGAUGCCAUGCCCAACUCAAAAAGACAAAAUGAUUCAAGAUUAUCAGGUUCAGCAGUAGAUCUGGAUCGUUUUGCUUACCACAAACCAAGCCCUCUUAAAUUAAGGACCACAGACUUGCCACCAAAACCUUUACCUCCAUCAAAUGAAGCAGAACCAUCAAACUACAAGCAGCAAGAUAGUACUGGAGGCUGGACUCAACUUGAAAUGUACCAACAAGAGAGGGAAUCUCUUGUUCAACAGGAUGCAUUUGACAUUGGAAUGUUUGGUACUCCAGAAAUGCUAGAUCAGAAUGUAGAAGAUAUGAUACAGGACUAUGACUUUGAAGAACACAAUACCAACCAAAAGCAAAAUACACAUCAAUGGUCUUCAAGUCCUUUUAGUGAUGAAGAGUUGUGUCUUGCCGAGGAGAUGGCUCAAUACAGCCAAUACAACGAGAGCUUAAACACUGCACCAACAGAUGAACUUAAGAAUCAAACCUCCAGACUAGACGUUUUUCAGCAGCCGCAUAAACAACAAGCAGUACGUCACUCAGGACCAAAGUUCCAUUUUCAGACUACAGAACCUGUUUCAUGUACAAAUCAGUCACAUUAUGUACAAAGGCAACUAAAAAGAAGUGUUCUUGAUUCACCAUAUUUCCUAGAAAAUCAAAGAUCAAAACCACAAAACAUUUCUCAAACUAUUCCAAUAUUUGAUGUGGAUGAAAAUCAAUACAUUUAUCUUGAAGAAUCGGCAAAAGAGAAACCUAUGACAGUUGACAGAGUUUCCAAAAGGUUUGUGCCAUACAAGAAGUUUCCUGCAUACAGUAGUUCCAAUAUCUUUGAUGAAGAUGAUGAAAACUAUUACGACAGUGAAUAUAAAACAUGUGGAUCAGUGUUAGACAAUAUAAAGAAGAAUCCUUCCAUGUACACGAUUCACGAGCCACCCAGUAAUGACAUCCACAAUUCUCACCGGACUGCAUCACCAAGACAUACAUAUGGUCAAGUAGUGGCCUGGGUCAGUGAGGAACCAGCUUCAGUGAAUCUGGAGAAAUCUCAGCCAUUGUCAAAACAAUGCAAGACUCCACUUCUGAUACCCGCCAGAAGUCCGUUACAGACACAUUCAAAAAGUCCAAAUCAAGCAAACUGUGAAUUUAUUUUUAAUCAACAAGAUAUUUUACCAUGUGAAGAAGAUGCUCUGAAUACCAUCAUGCCAUCUUCAAAUAAGACAGAGAUGACCAGCAGUUUCUUCCAGCCAUACAGAUCAGAUAGCAUUGCUGAAGUACCAGAUGUUGGAAGCAACCUUUUUGCUGGGAUAUUCUAAUCAAGGACAAAUUUAAACAAAUUGAUAGCUUAUGCUUAAUAAAAUGACUAUAUACAACGCAGACAAUCGCCAACAACAAUCAGCAAUGCUGUGGAGGUUGCUGCAGUUUUUCUUUCUCUCUAGCAAUUGCUGCAGACUAUAAUCAAUAUUUUCCCCAUGGAUAUUAUCUUAACUGCUGGGGUUGUAUAUAAUAUUCUGCCAGGUUUUUUGUGUUGUACCAAUCAUAUUUUAUUUGUUAUAGUUGCUAAAAACUGUGAUAAAAUAUUUAAUUUUUUACUUAUAUCUUAAAUAAUUGUAUUAAUUAAUAAUAGGCUGUUCCAAACAUUUUUACAUGAGGGCAGGAGAGCCACCCAAAUUGUUUUAUAGAUAUUAUUUGUAAUGCAGAUUAUCUCGAGUGGUGCAGGUUAGAAAGCUUUUAUUCCACCACCAAAUUUCUGACCGAGGCAAUUUUUGAAAUACAUGUAUAAAUACUGAACAGUUUUUAACAGUUGCUGGACACUUAAAAUUGAAUACUAUUAAUAAAAGUAUUUUCAAAAUA